AUGAGCCUCAUUAGAUUUUUCAGACCACGAAUACCAUUUUCGGCAAUUCCUAAACGAGGAAUCGAUGAGCUUUGGAAAGGUGGCUACCUUGACCCCGAAACUCCCUUUGGACAAAAGGAAAAGCUUUCUACCACUGGGUAUCCCUGGCCUUCCUACCUCCUUCGUCAGAAAAGUUUCGAGGAUUUGAGGAGCCUCUACUUUUCGUGCCUCAAGGAGAAGAAUCUGCUGCUAGGGGAGCGAUGGGCUGCGUACCAGAACCACACGAAGCCUCCGAAGCACGGGAGGCUGAAAAAGGUCAAGCUUACCAUGAAGCGGAUCCUGGGCGUGAUAACGAGGAGGGAGAUACACCAGCAGUGUGUAAGGGCGAAACAGAUUCUUAAGGCUCAGGAGGAGAAGGAGGUGCUCGAAACGAGGAUGUUUAAGCUAAAGGAGCUUCUGAACGAACUCAACUUUAAAAUAAAAAGGUCUAAAUUGGAGGACUCGCUAGCCAAGACGGGGUGGAUAAACACAGCUUCCAGAAUCGAAGCUGAGAUGGAGGAAAUAGAGAUGAAGCUGCAGCCCCUGAGGAAAGAAACGUUGCAACUGAGGACGCCUAACUGGCGGUAUGAGCGGAAGUACUCUGACCUUCCGGGGAGAAUAACCUGGAACAAGGACUACAUUCCUGCGCUCAGAAACGUCAUGCGCAGGCCUUUUAAGUUUUAUUGA